UUCUUUUAGUAACCAAUAAGGUACUAAAUCCUGGGAAAUUCUUUCCUUACUCAAUAAAGCACUAACGACUGUUAAUAAAAAACAGUGGACAGGAGGCUGUGUAUAUAAGGAUUUCAAUCUUAAGACGAUCCUAUAAGGAGUACUCAGGAGAACUACUCAGAAUUUCAAGAGGCAAACGUCUUCCAAAAAAACCCACAUGAUGAUGCUGGCAACACUUCAGUAUCAUUGUUUGCUAGUGACAGGUCUCUGGAGUUUUACACUCUUUUGGGUCAUAACAGCUGACAUUGCGGAGAGACACAAUUUUCCAUGUUGUGUACCAGGACCUCAAGGUCCUCCUGGACUCAAUGGGAACCCUGGCCAGAAUGGGUACAAUGGAGAAAAGGGGGAGAAGGGAGACCAAGGUGAACGAGGCGCUCCCGGAUCUCCUGGUUUACCAGGUAUUCAUGGAAAAUUGGGACCAGUGGGUCCAAAAGGUGAAAAAGGAGAAGUCGGUGGUCCUGGCCUCCCUGGGGUAUGCCAGCCACAGAAGAAAUCUGCCUUUGCUGCACACCUGGCUAAAAAUUACCCACCACCUAACCAGCCAAUUGUGUUUCACAAUAUAAUCUACAACGAACAGCAGCACUUUGAUGUGGCCACAGGAAGCUUCACCUGCCAAAUCCCAGGCAUUUAUUUCUUUGGCUACAAUUUAGAGGCGCACAGGAAUUCACAUGUUGUCCUGAAGAAAAAUGGGCAACAAGUGAUAGCAUCCUAUCAACCUGCCGUAGAUGUUUAUGAAAACAUGUCUGGAAGUGUAGUUCUUAAACUGGAGACAGGAGACAGGGUGUGGUUAGAAGCAAAACAAUCUCAAAAUGGGAUAACACACACUAGUUAUUUUGUUGGUUACCUACUGUUUGAAUCUUAGCUUACAUAGUCACUUGGAUCCUGUCAAUGGAAUCAACCUUUAAGUAUUUAUCCAGCUGAUUUGUGAAUCUAUGUACCUGCAAUGAGGCAUUCAGGAGCUCAUGAGAUCAGAUUAAAGCAAUGAGAUGCUUACUGCCCUCACUAUCUCUGCUAUUUCCCUUUCUCUCUGUAUGUAUUAGAGGGCACAGGUCUGUAUUUUCUACAGUGCUUUAUGCAUCCAGCCUCUCAACUUGAUUUGACGAUGCUGUCUAGGGCUGGUGGAAGCUGUAGUUCAAGAAAAGCUGGGGGCUGCACAUCUCAGAGAGAGAUCAGAGCGAGAAUCUGCAGAGUUAGCAGUCCAUAAGGAGGUUUGCACCAAAAGUUUGCAAUCAGGACAACAGAUUGUUAUCUCAUUGCCUAUAGGAACCAGCCGACCUAAUAUCAGGAUGUUUGUAUCAGCAAGAAAACUUUUGUAAAUGGCCGAUGCUAAUAAAGUAAUCACUACUCAACA